AUGCUUUUGAGACUCCUAAUAGCAUUUCUACUAUUCACCAUCAAUAUCACCGCACAUACCACUCGACACAACAGCGCAGUCCAAAAAACCCCCAGCGUCAUCAUCACCGGCCCCUCCUCCCUCAACAUAAACCAUCUGCUCGCCCACAGACACACAAACACAAACACUCCUGGAUAUAACUAUGCAUUUGUUGAUCACAACACCUAUCGCCUCGGCGACACAACCUUUCACAGCUUCGCCUUCUCCCUCCAGGAAGAAUGGCAGUUCGCGUUGCGGGGAUAUUACAAUCUCGCGCGAUUCACUGCAGAGUCCCCCGGCGUCGACCGCCUACCAGGUCUGAUCUGGGUCCGGGAAGAUCAGCUCCACGCUCGUUUUAUGACUGGGAUGCCUCGUGAGCGCCAGAUGAGGACGUUCAGUCUAGGAAGUGUGAAGGUGGGGAGGUGGUAUGUGGUGUCUGUUCUGGUCAAGUGGGGUGUUGACGGGAAUGGGAAUCUCCAGUUGUGGGUUGAUGAGGAGAAGGUACUGGAGGAGCGGGGAGUAGAUACGAUUGUGGAUGAUGGGGGGUUGUUUCGGUUUGAGAGUUGUGGAUUGGGGAGGUGUUUGGGGGUGUAG